GCAUUAUUUCCCGAGGAAGAGCAGCAGCACGAUGAAGGUCCUCCGCCCGACGACGCCCGCGCUCGCCCGCGCCUUUAGCUCUGGCUACGUGCAGAAGACCGUGAUCCCGACGUACCACUUCCAGAAGUCGCUCAUGCGCCUGCCUGUGCCCAAGCUCGAGGACACGCUCAACCGGUACCUUCUCGCGGUGCAGCCGGUCGUGUCACCCGACGAGUUCAAGGCAACGCAGCGCGAGGUCGAGGCCUUCCGCACGGGCCUCGGGCCGCAGCUCCACGACGCCUUGGUAGCCCGCGACAAGGCGUCACCGGAAACGAGCUACAUCAACAAGUGGUGGUUCGAGAUGUACGUGCGUGACCGCCAGCCCGUUGCGAUCAACGUCAACCCGCAGAUCAAGAUCAAGGACGACCCGAACCCGGCCAAGAACACGCAGAACCAGCGCGCGGCGUCGCUCAUUGCGUCGUCGGUUCGCUUCUUCCGCACGCUGCGCGACAAGCAGCUCGAGCCUGAUGUCUUCCACACCAAGCCGCAGCACUCGAAGACGGCGCUCUUUAACAACGUCAUGAAGAUGCUGCCCGAGGCCAUCUCGUUCUACGGCGCCGCCGCCGUCGGCGCCUACCCGCUCGACAUGAGCCAGUACAAGAACCUCUUCCAGUCGACGCGCGUCCCUGGCAUUGGCGAGGACUCGCUCCAGGUCUUCCCCGACUCGAAGCACAUUGUCGUCCAGCGCGGCAGCGAUUUCUUCAAGUUUGACGUGCUCAAGGCCGAUGGCACCGCGGUCGCGGACGCCGAGAUCCUCGCGCAGAUCGACGCCAUCCUGGCGACGCCGGCCAACUUGACGACGAACGGCCUGGGUCUUAUGACGACGCUCGGUCGUGACGAGUGGGCCAAUGCCCGCGCCCACCUGAUUGCAUCGGGCACCAACAACGCCGCGAGCCUCCGCGACAUCGACAGCGCGCUCUUCAUGGUGACGCUCGAGCACGCGGCGCCCGAGUCGGACCGCGAUAUCUCCCGCACGUUCCUCACGGGCAACGGCAGCAACCAUUGGUUUGACAAGAGCUUCCAGCUCUUGGUGGCGGCCAACGGCAAGGCGUCGGUGAACUUUGAGCACUCGUGGGGUGACGGCGUCGCCGUGCUCCGGUACCUUAACGAGAUGUACACGGACAGCGUGAAGCACAACCCGCUUCCAGUGGGCGAGCGGUCGGCGACGGCCUCCCCGCUGUCGUUCACGUUCUCGGACGAAACGAAAGCGACGCUGGCCAAGGCCCAUGCGACGUACGAGGCGUGGACGAAGCGGCUGCUCAUCGAGACCGUCGAGACGCCAGUGACCAAGGCGAUUGGCGCGACCCAUGGCAUUGGCACGGACGGUGUCAUGCAGAUGGCGAUCCAGCUCGCGCACUUUCGGCUGCAUGGCCACUUUGUUUCGACGUACGAGAGCGCGAGCACGGCCGCCUUCAAGCACGGCCGCACCGAGACGAUCCGGUCAUGCACGAACGAGGCGGUCGCCUUUUGCACGGCGAUGGAAAACGCGUCGGUCUCGGUCGGCGACCAAGCGUCGGCGCUCCGGUCGGCUGUCAAGAAGCACAGUGAGCUCACGAAGAACGGCGUGAUGGGCCAGGGCUGCGACCGCCACCUCUUUGGUUUGCGCAAGAUGGCCGAGAUCGAGGGCCUCGAGCUCCCGGGCUUGUACACGCUGCCGUCGUACCAGACGAUGAGCCACAUUAUCCUCUCGACGAGCACGCUGUCGAGCCCCAACUUGGACGGCGGCAGCUUUGGCCCGGUCAACGAGGACUGCUACGGCAUCGGCUACGGCAUCGAGUCCAUUGGCUCCAUGUUCCAGCUCGCGAGUUACCGCCACGACCUCGGCGACAUGCGCGACCUCCUCGCCAAGAGCGUCCAAGACAUUGAGGCCGUGCUCGUGGCGACCAAGAAGUAAGAACUCUAAUGUUAGAUAGUACUGUCGUUUGUCAAUGA